ACAACAACUCUGGGCUCACUGAACCUCGAGCAUUUCCGUUCCCUUGAUCUUUUGACUUCACCUCGAUUUACUUACCUUGACAUUGACGUCUAUGAUAGCGUUUUCGAACUCAAAGUCCCUCUCGCUGCCACUACCCGUACAACAGCUUGUCCAGCUCGAAACCCCGCUAUCCAUCUCUCCACGAUCUUCCACCUGCAGCUACUGACCCCCAUCUCCUGUUGAUCACUCGCAAAGACCGCGCAUAUCGUCUGCCUCCACCCACGAGCUACAUAUCAACCCCUCACACGAAGCAGAAGCUCCAGCACAACCAGCCAACGGUGACAACCAACAACAAACCCUUCUGCUCUCCGCAUCUCGCGCUUCGCAACGCUUCGCAGCGCACCGUACCGUAUCAUUCGCACCUCGCGUCACCUCCAAGUCUCCCAGUGACCAAAAGGAUUCAACCACUCAUAGUCAAUCCAGGAUCAGCUGUGCAUGCUCUUCUCAUACAUGGAUACAUUCCCAUCACAGUUGCUACCCCAUUGCUGAGCACAAACGACCAUUGCCACCCUCCAGCUCCCGCCACAGCAGCAAUCAACACUGCCGCCACCUUUUUCCUUUUGCGACGUUAUUAGCAGACAACCAACCCAAGCUUGCCUCCAGCUUGGAUCUUGCUUUGUUCGAGCAUUGAUUGAGCUUUGAAUCUGAUUUCCAAUCUCCUUGACCCCUCCAUCUUAGUCUGCGCCCGCUCCAGCUAUUGGUCUCUCAAGCUCAAGCUCAAGCUCAAGCUCAGGCUGGAGUGAAUCUAAGUUCCGCCUCUGCAACUUGAUUGCAAUUUCACAUGCCACGCGCAGUGGUUACUAUGCGACUACGCCCAGCUCGAAACACUUCGUUAUCCAUCUUGAUUAUGGCUCGCCGUCGUGAUUAAUAUCGACGGCCGCCUUCCUUGUUAACUCAACCUGCUGCCCAAAUCCCUGAGUGCGCCUCCCGACAUGCUCGGCCGGCUCUUGCACUUGGGCUCUGGCGGCCCUUCAGCCACGCCUACACAGGCCAGUACAAAGACGUCGAGGCCAGUAUCCUCACUCGAAUCUGCCCAGGAGGAUAUGGUCACUCGAAAUCUGCUUUUCCCAGACGCCGAUGCUUUAUAUCAGCAUCGCAAUGAUCAAGUGUUCCCCCUAUCAACCACACCAACAACCCCUGCCACCUCUACGGCCAAUGCCUUUGACUACAGCGGCGAUGUCGACUUGGACGUACGUGAUGUUAGGGUCAUCAUCAUGCAGGAUGCCCUGGGACCUUCUAAUGCAACUCUUUUGUUUGACAGCCACCCUGCUCCUCCAGUAUCGCCCACGGAGCGCCCGCCCAUUCCUCCAGAGUUUCGAAGAACGCCAACAUCACCGCGAAAAAGCAGUCUUGGAGGCGUUUCACGACCCCUAGUGAUCCAACCGGAAGGACCUCAGCCUUCGCCUCGACAGGGUGCUUUUGAUCGACGAGCCUCCCUCCAGGGGCGCAGGGAUAGCCACGUCGAGUCAGAUGGACAGAAGGCUGCUCGUGAGUAUCGCGAGGAACUUGCGACCUUCUCAAGCUGCAUCUUCGGUAACUCAGAAUUAAUGUCCUACAAAGGAACAUCGACCAAGGUCCAUGUUGUCCCUGGCGAGUCACGUCCUGCUGAACCUUCGAGUAGCAGUAUUGGGGAUGGCCGAAGCUCCAUCGGACGCUCUAGCGCGCGUUCAAGUCGGCUAUCACAAUCCUUCUCCUCACAAGCUUUCUCCCCUACAAAUAUGUCCGCAGCCCAAAAUUACUCCUCUACCUCACGACAUGUCGAGAAGAAGAAGGUGCUAAUAACUCGCUUGUUUCCUGUCAAUCUCAGUAUUGAUGACCCAGAAGCCAACGUAUCGCCCUCUAAAGAAUAUGCGGAAGAGAAUACAGGCUUCCCCUUUCCAACGACGAGCGAGGAGUCUGUGCCGAAGAAGAAGAAGCCUCAGCCGAAGCAACGGCGAACGCCGAUGUAUGCCGUGGUACUGGUCGUCCAACUACCUGCUGCAAAUACCACCACAACUCGAAUUUCAUCUAUGAACCAGUCCAAAUCCGCGCAGCGCGAAUCAAGCUCUUAUAACGAUCAGGAGUUUUUCCCAUCAUCUUUCAGCUCAGCUCGUCCUUCAGGAUGGACAAUGGUUGGGUCCGGAAAUGGUGAUGGGUCAGACACUUAUACACCUGACAUGGAGGAUAGAAUCGAUUCUCUGACUCGACACUGGGAUAUCAUUAUGAGGACAAUGACUCAUCUUCAAUCUGUGGUGGCCACUACGCUGGCCACGUUACUAAAGCAGGUCGACCUUGCUUCUCCCGGUCCAGCCCCUGGACCGGUUCCUCCAGUAGUAACUAACAAAAAUGGCAGAGCACAUUCCUUCUCGGACCAGUACCGGGGUGAUAUGUCUCGGAUUAAGCCUUCGAAGAGCACCACCAAGUUGGUUUACCUUUGGCCAAACUGCCUCGCUGAUGAUAAGAUUGUUAUAAGAGAAGUCGAUACCUCUCGACAAAGAAUUGUCAUGGGAUUAAGCGCAGCAAGAGUCGUAACGGGCCAAGGGCGUUGGGGGAUUUGGCGUGAUGAGGCUCGAUGGGCCUCCAAGUGGGUUGCUGGCACCGACAAUCAGAACCAGUUCCUCUACAAUCUCCUGACUGGGUUUCUGUCAACCCACACAGACUGGCUGCAGGCACUUUGCCCUCCCUCGUAUCGAAGACGGCUGUAUCUUCAGCAGAAACACCGAAACGAGGAGGAUCUGUCAUUGCCGGCACGGACCAUUAUCGUGUCUGAUGACAAAAUGGUUGCUAGGCGCCUCAUCUUUCUUCUCUCUGCCUUCCUUCCUGCCAAUUCUCAUUUUCCCACGACCCGUGCUCAUCGGCCCAGCACUUCAACUUCGGUUGGAACAUAUUCCAACUCGCCCCCGACCUUCGUAAUUCCUGUUCUACGGGAAGAGUCUCUUCGCCGAAAGAUCAACAGACGCACAGGCCUCCGCCGAGCCUCGCAUUCUAGAACAACGAGCCAAAGUGCGAGGGCCCCAGCUGUCCCCAUGCAACUCGCUCAUCUGACUAUGGAUCGCAAUCAUGAAAGGAGAGUCUCGGACGCAGCUUCAAUCCGACCCCCAAAUCUUGCAAUGUUUGGCAACGAUGUUGUCAGCAGGAAGAGUAGCGCUGCGACAACCACAACAAUUAUGCCCGAGACGACUAUACCACAUUUCUCGACAGCUCAGCGAGUGGAAUCCCAGAGAAGGCCUCGCCCGAGCAGCAGCGGUAGUGUCGCUACUGACGACUUGAAGCGCUCCCUGAAGCGAGGUGAAAGCACAGGCGCGAUGAGCAAUGCCAGUAGCGACGCUAGAAGUCAAAGUUCGCGCUGGGGGAGCGUCAUCGGUGCCCUGUGGAACAGUUCCACUCGACGCCGCGACUCAACCUCGUACAGCACAUAUGGUGGGUAUGAUCCGAAAUCGCCCACCAAGGCUUCGUUCCAUAGAGGGGACAAGCUGUCUCAAAUGGUGGAAGAAGUAUCUCUAGCAGACAAUUCUAGCGCCCCUUCACCAUCGGCUCGCCGGCCUUCUACUGAUGCUCUGAAAGGGACUGGUACACCAAGAGAAUGCAAGGGUCACAGUCGAGAGCCAUCAAUCCGCCCUGACAGGACACCGGACCCUAACGGCGCAUUCGAAUCGCCCGUUAAAACAUCUAUCAAUGCCGACGAUGGUGUCAUUGACGUAGAUAUAUCCUUUCCCGAUUAUAUGACGUCCUUUGAGUCUGCCAUCAGCUCGCCUUCAAGCAGUGGCUACUUGUCUACCCCUGGACUUCAAAGCGGGCUAGAGUCUUUUGAACAGGCCUCACGAUUGUGCAUCGAUGGCGACCUCCCACUCAACGCUGCUGGCUGGCUGAACCGCUAUCAUCCUGAUUUUGCUCUUCAAGCUAUUCCUCCCCAGGAGGAUUUGAUGGUGCAAAUCAAGGCAUCUCUUCAGGCUGAGCCCACGCCUCCGCCGGUCCAGCCUAUCUUGGGCGAUCUGAAUGAACGCUGGGUCGAUAUUAGCAGCGUCAUGAUUGCUGAUACUACCACCAGCUCAAUCACUCGUCUGCGGUACCGUCGACUAGUCAAACCACGAUCGCCAGCUGACCAUCGACCUCUCACUGGCCCACCUGGUCUGUCGACCUCUUACGGGGGGCUACUUACUCCCUCGAUCCUCCCUUACGAGGUUCAACUUGAGGAAGAAUGGAUCGAGGAGCCUGUCUUGCACCCUGAUGAAACCCUGACUGAUGCCGUCGAAAGAGUCAUCAGCUUGAGCCAGGACACCAGCAAAGAUCAUUCUUUGGCUUCCUCGCAAACACACAGCGAUACUCGCAUGAGUACCGAGGUUGAAGAACCUCUAUCAAUCACGGCUCCCAUCACGCCAGCACUGCCUCAGGCACCCUUGGAGAUCCCUCGUGUCCAGUGCAAGACCGUUGUCCUCUCUGCUCUUGAAGACAGUAUUCGCGAAGUUAUUGAUAUUCGCGAGAAGCGGCACCUAGAGACCAACCAUGCUAGAAAUGGCCGAUCGCGAAGCCCACUUCACGAUGCCAUUGGCUUAUGGCUUGACCAUCUCGAUAUUACCGAUGGAUGAGUUCAUCAUAACCAUUCUCAUUUAACGACUUUACGACUUUGUCUUCAGCGUUCAUCCCCCAUACAGUUUUGUCUGACGGAGCUACAAUUGCCAUCGGACUUUUCCUCCCAAGACAUCCAAAUGAUACCCCAUGUGACGCCUCGUGCGUACGUACAAGCCUUGGAAACGGCCAUACCAGGAGAAGCAUGUGUAACCAUUGUUCCGAGUUCUCUCGACUUUCGGCGCAUCUUACUUUGUAUUAGACCCUGUGCAUUCUGGCAUGUUUGGGUCAACUAUAUUUUCACUAGCGCUUUAAUUUGCUCUUCUUGCUUCCUGGCGAAGUUUGACCGCACUAGAGGUUGGCGUUUCGUGAUACGGCAGGAACAGCGAUAGCCUUGGAGUUUUUGGCGAAUAGUCAUAGCAGUAUCUACUGCGAUAAUAGAUUAUCAACAUAUUUCUUCAAAUCUAACA